AUGGAUGCAGCGAGUGUGAAGGCGGAACCCCCGAAUGAGGGUUCACACGAGAUCGAAAUCGAAGACGAGAUCGCGCCGAAGCCCGCAGAACCGCAAAACGGCGAAGGCGAUGAUGGUUCGGACUUCUCAGACUUAUUCGAUUCAAAAACUGACUCCGAACCAGAGUGGGACAGUGAAUCGGAGUCUGAUGACGAAGAACCCUUGUCUCCUGUGGCCUUAACAGCUUCGUCAGAACACUGGAGCGACGACGCGCGAACCGCCGACGUGUGUGCGUUCCAAUUGCAACCCGGACUGAAAGAAAUCACAAAAUCCCCAGUAGAUUUUCUAAACUUGAUGUUCCAAAAACCAUUGUUUGAAAGUCUAGUAAAAAAUAUUAACCAGCACGGAACAAAAUUUCUGAACGAAAACCGCAUACAACAAUGGAAUGAUGUGACAAUAAAAGAGUUCCGCGUCUUUUUAGGAUUGUUACUGAACGUCGGAACUAUAAACACGAACGUAGCGGCAGACUUUUGGAAACAAGAUCGAGGCAUUUACCUUCCUAAAAAUUAUAUGACUGAAAAGAGAUUUACGAUGAUACUUAAAUGUCUCAAUUUCGCGGAAGAGAUCCCUGAGAAAAACAGAAUGUCCAAAGUGUCUUUAAUAGUCAAUUACUUUAACGAUGUGAUGAAAAAGGUGGUUACACCUGAAAAGAUACUGUGCAUAGAUGAAUCGAUGGGCUCGUUUUAUGAAAAUUUAUAUUUACUGACAGAUCAACAUGGCUUUGUGCAUAAAUUAUUAGUUUACAAAGGCAUAGAUCAGGAUGAGUUAGAAGAAAUGACGAAACGUGAGCGUGAUGAGCUUAUCCAUACCCGCGCUAAUGAUGCGGUGAAAAAGUUGCUCGGAGACAAACUUGAUGCCGGUCAUUCCGUGUACAUGGACAGUGAUUACAACUCUUUAGAACUCGCAAAGUUCUUAGUAGCUCGAAACACGCAUGUAACUGGAACUUUGAAACGCAAGAGAGAAGGAAACCCACCAGAAAUCAUCGAGAAAGAGUUGAACGUAGGCGACAAAAUUACUAAAUACAACGCGGAUGGUAUCAGUGUUAUGAUAUGGAAAGAGAGUGUAGGUCACCAUUUUGUAAUUAUAUCUUCAGAGCACGGCAGCGAAUGGCGGGAACACGUCAACAAAUAUAAGCAAUCUGUUAAAAAGCCAGCAUGUGUUUGGGAAUUCAAGAAAUACAGGGAUGGCGUAAGGACACAUGACGAAAUGAUGUCAGACUAUUAUUAUAUGCCUGAGAAACAGGCAUGGCACAAGAGAGUGGGGAUCCAUAUCUUACAGAUGUUGCUUCUGAAUGCGUACAAUUUGUACAAAAGGUACGGAGAGAAGCCUCCGGUUAAAAGGUUACUGAAGUUCCGGCAGGUUGUGAUUGGUCAUCUUCUUGCAGGUGGUGGUGAUUCAGUUUAA